AUGAAGGUUCUAUUAUUUGCUAUUGGAGUCCUGUGCAGAAGGAUAAAACUAGAGCCCAAGGAACAGUUUACCUUCCGAGAUAAGGUUGUGGCAAAUCAAAUGUAUAAGUUCAUGUAUCAGACACCACGGACUAGCAAGAUUGAGCUAACUAUGUUUGAUACCAAGGGGAGGCAAAUGACUAAGACAAGGGAUCCAUACUCAGUGAUAUACUCCAAGAUUGCCGAGGAUGGUGAGAUUGUAAUAUCUGUCAAGAACAACAGCUCAAAAAGCGUGAAGUUUGGGUAUAGAUGCCCAGAUACAAGCAAUAAAGCUCAGGGGGGGCUUGGGCCGAUAAGUGUUGACCUAGUUUCAGAGCUUCAAAAUGUCCUUGAGACAGUUGUUCAGGCACAAAGAGUUCAUAUCAAGAAACACGAGGAACAUGCAAGAAUGGUUGCUGGGUCGAGAAAAUGGGUCACAAGGCUCUUGAUUUUUGAAACCUUGUUCUUUAUAGGUGUGCUAUACUUUUUGCACAAGGAUAUGCUGAAAAUGUUUGAAAACAAGAGGGAAGUUUAA